AUAAUUCAAUCCAACCGGUGAAUGAAGCCCUCCUCGCAACCGAAGGGAAACCGAAACGACCUAUCAACUAUGACGGUCGACGUUGUCAAACGUUUUUUUAGUCCUGGCAUUUAAAUAGCUUGACCGAGACCCGACAACGGUGCGAAAUAUUUCAAUGUCGAUCCCGAAAUUCCCGAUUCUGCUCCCUGCGAUCCUGGAAUAAAAACCGGACCGGAGGCGGCGAGCGUCGUAAUACGCAGGGCCGAUGCCCGUGGGAUCGAAAGGAGCCGAGGAGUGCGCGAAGCCCGACUACGAUGAUGACGGCAAUGGCUGCUCCACCGAAGGCAUCGUCACGGCUGUUUGUUUUCGGGGCUCCCGUUCCUGUUGGUUGUUUAUCGAUGUAGCUGAUAAAACGCGCGGCAGCGACUAGUGGCGAGAGAGAGCUUAGUGCCGGGCGUGGCGCGAAUAAAUUCCCCAUUACGUUAUCCCCUUGGUUUAUCAUCAUCAUCAUCAUCGUCGUCGUCGUCGUCCUUACCUUACGCCCCGUUGUCGCGAGUGAGUAGUUCCUACAGUUUCUCGGGAGAGAGGUGCCAUGUUCACGGGCACGGUGCGUGUAAAAAUAUGCGAGGCCCAAGGUUUGCGCCCGACCGACUGUUCCAAGAGGCACGCGUUUGGAAAAGCGGACGAGCAACCGCUCGAUCCUUACGUUACCAUCGACGUAGACGACGUGCAGAUCGCCCAGUCUACAACCAAACAGAAAACCUUCGACCCUACCUGGAACGAGCAGUUCGACCAUAAUGUGGAGAACGCGAAAACGCUUACCCUUACCGUUUUUCAUGACGCCGCGAUUCCUCCCGAUGUUUUCGUCGCUAAUUGUACCAUACCCUUUGAGGAGCUGCUUAACAGGAGCAAGGAUGAACCUCCAGAGUUUUGGGUCAACCUAGAACCCAAAGGCAAACUAAAGAUCAAGGUGGACCUGAAACAUUCAACAAAUGAUUAUGGCGCCAAACCCAGAGAAUUCAAGGAGCGACAGGGAUUCAACAGGCGUCGCGGCGCGAUGCGACGCCGCGUCCACCAGGUCAACGGGCACAAAUUCAUGGCCACAUUCUUGAGACAGCCGACAUUUUGUUCUCUGUGCAGGGAAUUCAUUUGGGGUUUAGGCAAACAAGGCUAUCAGUGUCAAGUGUGCACCUGCGUAGUCCAUAAGAGAUGCCACCACGUGGUCCUGACGAAAUGUCCCGGCAUGAAGGAGGAACCCUCCGUACAAAGUACCGGUUUCAAUGUAAAUAUCCCGCAUCGGUUCGUGGUGCACAACUACAAGCGGUUCACGUUUUGCGACCACUGCGGCUCCCUGCUUUACGGCCUAUUCAGGCAGGGGCUGCAGUGCGAGGUCUGCUCGUUGAACGUCCACAAACGGUGCCAGAAGAACGUCGCCAACAAUUGCGGCAUCAAUACGAAACAAAUGGCCGAAAUAUUGUCCGCUAUAGGUAACAAACCAAACGCUACAGCGGUUUUUGAGCCUCCCGUACACCGUCAUCUCCCUGUUGUGUUUAGUCCGUUCACUUUGCUUUUGCAUGGCGUAUCACCGGACAGUAAAACACCCAUAAGACGAGCCAAAGUUUUACCGGCGUCCGGAAGUGACGGACCGGUGGACGGUGGUGCGGACAUUUGCCGUUCCUCGGACGAUGGCGCCAUGGUCGAUAAUCUCGCGCGCCUUAUGGAAGAAAAACUACAAAAUAAUGUAGAUCCAGAAAAGUCGGAUGGUAAAGGGGGCGCGGGCGUGAUCGGUUUACGAGACUUCCGCUUCAUAAAAGUCCUCGGCAAGGGGAGUUUCGGUAAAGUGAUGCUCGCUGAGAAGAUCGGCACCGACGAGGUCUACGCGGUCAAAGUACUGAAGAAGGACGUGAUCAUCCAGGACGACGACGUCGACUGCACGAUGACAGAGAAACGGAUACUGACGUUGGCGGCGAAGCAUCCCUUCCUGACCGCCCUGCAUUCCUGUUUUCAGACCAGGGAUCGUUUGUUCUUCGUUAUGGAGUACGUUAACGGGGGCGACCUCAUGUUUCAGAUACAGCGGGCCAAGAAGUUCGACGAGCCCAGGGCCAGAUUUUAUGCGGCAGAAGUGACCCUGGCCCUCCAGUUCCUGCACCGUAACGGUGUCAUUUACCGCGAUUUGAAACUCGACAAUAUUUUACUGGACGCGGAGGGACACUGUAAACUGGCCGAUUUCGGGAUGUGCAAGGAGGGCGUCCACGACGGCAUCACCACCACCACCUUCUGCGGCACCCCCGACUAUAUCGCACCUGAAAUUUUACAGGAACAGGAAUAUGGGGCGAGCGUCGAUUGGUGGGCCCUGGGGGUCCUGAUGUACGAAAUGAUGGCCGGCCAGCCGCCCUUCGAGGCGGAUAACGAAGACGAUCUCUUCGAGUCCAUUUUACACGAUGACGUCUUGUAUCCGGUUUGGUUGAGUAAGGAAGCGGUCAGUAUUUUGAAAGGUUUCAUGACGAAACACCCGAGCCGACGUUUGGGUUGUGUAGCGAACCAGAACGGGGAGGCGGCCAUCCUGGUGCAUCCCUUUUUCAAGGAAAUCGACUGGAACGCGUUGGAAACUAGGAAGGUUAAGCCGCCCUUUAGGCCACGUAUCAGAAGCAGGAAAGACGUGGCUAAUUUCGAUGCCGAAUUCACGAGGGAAGAGCCGGUCCUGACGCCGGUCAGUAACGAAGUACUGCAAUCGAUCAAUCAAGAGGAAUUUCAAGGAUUUUCAAUCGUAAACAAGGAUUUUAACGCGAGUCGGCUGAUGUCGCCCGAUUAAGCGCACCGCCACCACCACCACCCACCCCAACCAUCCUCCCCACCUUAUUUAAGAAGAAGACUAUUGGGUUUCUAGUUGGUUAUAAAACGUUGCUGUACAUUUUUAACAUUGUGAAACGGGUAUGGUCGGUUAUGGUUCUUUUGAACUUUGUAUAGAUUUAACCGGGAUAGUUGGGUUUUAAAUGGGAUGUUUUUUAGUUGUUUUCGUACGGGUUUUGUUAGUCGUUAGGAAAGUAAAAUUUCCAGCUCCAGAAGAAUGAAAUACAUAUUUUUUUAAAUACAAUCCUUGGUUGUGUUAAACUAUUUUAGGAUGUAUUCUUUAGGUGAAUCACGUCUACCGCAUUUCACUUUCUUUCAACGCAAGUCUGGAAAUGUUAUUUUUCUAACAUAGAAACAUUAUUUUAUAACGAUCGUCCGGGAUUUGUGAUGGGUAUCUAAGAGUCAGAGAUCAAUUUUUUCAUUCUCUAGUGACACUCCUGAUCAUCUGGAAUUGCCACUGAAUGACGUAUUCAGACCAAAAUCAGCCGAAAAACAGUAGUUUUAUCGCGUUUUCUCGAUUAUUUUUCACCUUCUAAUAUGUCUGAAAUCACCUUCAAUAUUCAAACCCAAAAAGCAUUUAAACGGAAACAUCAAAGAAAAAACGAGGUGAAGAUCUUCAGGGAAAUAAUCACGAUAAUGGUACAUAAAGGAUUUGACUUGUCAUCUCUGUGAUAAAUUUAAGGAUUUAAUCUUGAGACUACGAAACCGGUUUUUAUUACAAGAUACUUUGGUUUAAGUAAAAUCUGUAUUGUUGUGACGAAUUCAUAAUGAGUUACUUAUUAUAUUGGGUAUUACGUCACUUAUAGCAAAAAUCAAUUUAGAAAUUUUUAUCUCACACGCUCACCAAUUGAAAAGAAGAAGAAAAUAGACUUAUUCACGUAUUUAAAAUAAAUAUGAACUUAAAUCUGUAACGAUACCGUUCGAUAUACUUAAAAAAUAGUUUGUCAAACUAUUAAUAAACCGUCAAAUCAUAUAAAAAAGUAUAUAAAGUAUUUUCGAAUUAGGAAGAAAUUUUGAUGAGACUGUAUUACUGCAAAUUUGAAAGAUAAGUAUAUUUUAUUUUUAAUUUAAUUUAAUUUUACUUUAAUUACCUUGAUAACGGUAGUAGAUAUAACUACCGAAACGUUGGUUCAAAUUAGGUAUUUUUAAAAAAAAGUAGGUCUUGUUGUUUUUUAUCGUUUUUUUAAUUGUAAUAUUCAUAACAAAGUUAGGUAGGAUAUUGAAAAGAAGAAAUGAGCUCAGAGAUUAAUAAAUUGAACCUCAGCUCCUAGGUAUAUAAAAAAUCUAUUAUACCUCAAGUAAAUUAUUGUAUUUAAAACUUAUUGAACUUAAAUUAAAUUAAGUAUAUCGAAUCGAAUAAAUUAAGUAUCGUUACAGAUUUAAGUUCAUAUUUCUUUUAAAUACGUGAAUAAGUCUAUUUUCUUCUUCUUUUCAAUUGUUGAGCGUGUGAGAUAAAAAUUUCUAAAUUGAUUUUUGCUAUAAGUGACGUAAUACCCAAUAUAAUAAGUAACUCAAGAUACUUUGGUUGUCACAUGUUUACUGUAAUAAUUAAAGUAUUUUUUCUUAUAAUGUAGUAGUAAGUAGUAGAUGCCAGCUGGCCUGGCCGCUUGUACGUUACGCCCAUUUAAAACCCUGUCAGAUAACCACCAGGAAUUUAGUGAAAAGCAAAAGAAAAAACAGCACGGAAUCUAGUAAAAAAAAUAAAUAAAUAAAUGCGUAGCUCUGUUAACACUGUUAAAUAAAUAUUAAAUUAAUUAUAGGUUGAAUGUUUAAGUUUUGAGUCAUCAAAAUAGAAGAACCCCAUUUAUCCAAGAUUCCAAUGUAAGUUGAUAAGGUUGCCUCUAGAGUAAACAUUUUUAUUACAUUUAACGGUUAGGCAAAUUGUGAAAAUAAAUAUUAUAUAUAUUUUUUUCUGUUGAUUGGUUGCUAGCGCAUUAAAAACGUUUAUUUUUAUUUAUUUAUUUUUUAAAUUGAAACGUUCUUAAUCAACAGUCGGCGACCUCUCUUAAUCAGUAGAUUAACGAUAAUAUGAUGUCGAAUUUAGGUAUUAGAGGCAAGUUCGGAUAAGUGCAAUAUAUUGAAUAGCAUUUUAGCAUGGCGAAUGUUUUAGUCUUAGAUAGGGGUAGGAGGGAAGCUUUAUGGAAAACCAUUAAUAUCCGUUAAUUUAAAUUUAUUUGUAUUAGAACGGCGUUUUUUUAUAAGGCUUCUCACGUCUGAUAUCCGAAGAAGUAAAACGUUUGCCAUGAAUUGUUACCCUUUGUUAAAGAAAUUUAUUUUAUGUGUCACGCGACGACAUGGUGUUUUCGUUUGUUCAUAAAUAUUUAAGCAAAUUUGCCAAAUAUAUUAGGCCUUGGAAAGUAAUUUAAAUGAAUAUAUCCUAAAAAGUAUCAGCAGUUAUUGUUUAUUUAUUUUGUUUUUUGUAAAAUUAUAGUAUUUAUCUAUUUUAGAUGUAUAUUUAUUUAUUUACACUUUUUUUUCUCUUAUUUAUUUCUCGAGCUUUAACUUAUUUUUUUUUUUAAUUUAAAAAUCGUGAAGAUGUGUUUGUGUUUUGUGGUUAAUGUUAUUGUUUGUAUAUUUUUGUGUAUUUUUGUUCAGAUUUAAUAUAGAUGUUAACAUAAUAUAAA